GCGCUACGGCUAUAGCCUGUCCUAGACUUCAGUCGACGAACACCGUGACGACCAUUCAUCCGUUUCCCAUCAGAACAUUCAGUUUCCGCCCGUUCAAUAGACUGCAGAGAUGGCACCUCCUCCACCCCCUCCGCAAUGGGUCAUUGACCUCAGUUCUCCCCCCGCCUCAAAGCCAAAGUCGAGUGGAAUUCCCGACCCUCCUGGAUUCACACCUACAUCUACAGGAAGCAAGAAGCAACAGGGCUCCUCGAAGACGGUAGUCCGCGCCCCUCUUACACCUGCAGAGAUGGACACAUUGAAGCUCAAGAAGGCAUGGGAGGUGGCUCUUGCUCCAGUCAAGCAACUGCCAAUGACAGCUAUCAUGAUGUACAUGUCCGGCAACUCCCUUCAAAUAUUCAGCAUCAUGAUGGUUGGUAUGGCAUUUAAGAAUCCUAUCAUGGGGUUGAUGGCUACGAAUCAGGCGUUCGAGAAAUUGGAGAGUGAAGGCAUAAAGUCGAAGAUUACAAUGGUUAAAGCAGUCUAUGUGGCUAUGCAACUGCUCGCGUUGGCGUUAGGCAUUUGGAAAGUCAAUGGGAUGGGAUUACUCCCGACUACCAGGUCGGAUUGGCUGGCUUGGGAGACGGCGAGGGAUCCUCUGGAGAUUGCGAUACCUGCGUUUUGAUACAUGUGUAAGGAUAUAUCAUUGUUCGGCAUUAGGGUGUAGCAAUUACAGGCUAGUUCAAGGCGGAGGCUAUGGAAUUGCCUCGAGCGAGCAGCAUCGGAAGACGACGAGAGAGAUAGCACAACCUCCCAUUCCGGAUAUGAGGUUUGUGGAUAAUGAGAGUACCUUUCUCGGAUUUCAAGAGUUAUAUUUCCGCAGGUCAUUUGCAGCAGGUUCGCAAGGCGCUUAUGGCCUGAAAUAAGGCAAAUUGCCAAGAGCCUUUCAUACUCGUCACAUGACCAACCCCGGAUCCAGAACCCCUGAAUUACGAGCACCCCGGGGACUAUCUGACUCGGGGAGGCCAACAAAUUCCAAACUCCCAAUCGAAUUCUGAGAUCGACUUUCACAUGUCUCAACGGCGAUAUGCAGCCAAGGGCCCGUCCCGACGGAAGCAGCCUUUCGCGGAUGUACAGUACCUCG